UGCAACAUGCUCCCCUAGACCGACCCCACCGUCCGCGGCAGGCCACGAUCGCCCUCUGUGGCUGCGGAUGAACCCUCGUAGCCUCCUGUUCUCCUAAUAUUGCGCGACGUGCGCCGAAACAAACCAGCCUGCAACACAACAGCGUCAGAUGCGGCUAUUCAAGAGACGGUGAGCCGUGAUCACCGACCGGCCGCGCGAUGAAUACAGGAUGCGUAUGAGAUGACGAGAAUGGACCGCGGGACGCGACGGCUCGUGCAGAUGACACUCCUGCGCACGUUCUGGCGAAGGAGACUGCGUGUAACCAUGGCUUCGGCACGCAGAUCGCGAGCGCGACAGUCACGGUCGUGAUCAGUGCCCUAUGCCUUGCUCCGCAGUCCAAGGCCACGGACAGCAGGAGGGCGACGAGCGCAGGAGGGCCUGUCAAGGCCGAGCCACACGCGCUUGCAACCGAUUUUGGCCGUCUCUCGCCGCGCACUUUGUCGAUUGCUGUAUCCGCACAGCCAACCUCUCGCCGGGAUCUCCGUACACUCCGGGCAUCCACGCAUCUCGCGAGAUCGACGGCAUUCUCGGUGCGAACAGGGCGAUUGAGCGCAGGCUCAAGUGAAGGAUGGAGUUGCUCACCUUUGAACUGUUUCCCAGCACUUGCUGCCGGUCAGGUGAAGUCAUGGUCCACGCCGCGGUCGCGCACGCUCACUGCCUUGCCUCGCAGCAGUGCGGGCCCGACGCGCGGUCUUGUCUCUGAACGAGGCGGCACUGACGCACCGCAGCGCGAAGGGGCUGGUGAAGGACUGCCGACGGCGUGACCUACUUGAGACGCGGAGACGAACGAGAUGCGUGGAGAGUCGGACGGCAGGGAAUGGAUGGC